UUUGAUGGUUUCCGGAUGUUUAGCUACUAUCAAGAAUGGCUGCGAUGUUUACGUGUUGUCUAGGCUGCUGCGGAGAUGGCGGAACGGGGCAUAUUCCUCUCAAAGAAAUGCCGACGGUUCAGUUAGACACUCACCACAUGGGCACAGAUGUUGUCAUUGUGAAGAGCGGUCGGAGGAUAUGUGGCACCGGAGGCUGUCUGGCCAACGCUCCUCUGCACCAGAACAAAAGUUAUUUUGAGUUUAAGAUCCAGUCCACUGGUGUGUGGGGAAUAGGUGUGGCCACGCAGAAAGUGAAUCUUAAUCAAGUGCCUAUGGGCAGAGACACAAACAGCCUUGUCCUGAGGCAUGAUGGGUCUGUGUACCACAAUAAUGAAGAGAAGAAUCGCCUACCCGCAAACAGCCUUCCUCAGGAGGGCGACAUUGUGGGCAUCACAUACGACCACGUGGAGCUGAAUUUAUAUCUGAAUGGAAAGAACAUGCAUUGUCCUGCCUCAGGGAUCCGAGGCACUGUAUACCCUGUUGUUUAUGUGGACGACAGUGCCAUCUUAGACUGCCAGUUUAGUGACUUCUAUCACACAGCUCCACAAGGAUUUGAGAAGAUCCUCUUUGAACAACAGAUCUUCUAAAGGAGCGCCUCAGCCCCAGCCCCUCUUUACGUUGUCACCCUCCCCUGUAUCUCAUAGCAACCUCUGUGACACUACAGUUUGACCUUGAUUGGAUAUUAUGUGUGGCUUGAAUGCCUCUUGUUUCAUUUCCCCUGAUUACUCUGUCUCUCUGCUGAUGCUCUGGAUUGACGGUGGAGUAUCCUCGAAGGCGUGGGGAUUUCUGAUCAUCGGUCAGCUAUGAUGGGCUGGUACUCACCCUUUAUUAACUGAAACACUAUCGGUUGCUGCUUACAUUCUCAAUCUGUGUGUAAUGGUAAAAAUGUUCCCAUUUUUCAGGAUCAGAAGCCAUGUUUUAUUAACAUCGCUUAUGUUUUUGAUUGUGUAAUCUCCUAAAUGCCAUACUGACAUCGCAGCAUACGCCCUGUAUUUAUUUGUAUUUAUUUGAGUCACAGAUCAAAGUGAUGUGUCUCUUUGGUAUGACAAAAUGAAAGGUUUUGGUGGGGCGGCGAGAGUUUGUGGACAAAUGAAGGAUCAGCUGACACAAUACUGACACAUCAGUCAACAGUAUCCCAUUCACUUUUUUAUGUUGCCUUCUUCAGUUAAAAAUACAGGAGAAAGUGGGAAUAUUGAAGCACUAUUAAUUCAUGUCACUGUUUCAAUCUGAAGUUUUAAAACACAGUGCACAUUCCAGAGGACAGCCAGUGUCCGAGGUUGACAUUUCACUGAGGUAUGCUGAGGUGACGGUGAUGGAAAAUUUUCUUCAAUGGCCGAUAUUAAUAUUUAAGCUUGAUUUCUAAAUCACUGCGACAACUAGCCCUUUAGAUCUCCCACACUUUUCUCUCCUGAAAUCUUUCAUGGUGUAUUUAUUCUAAAUAUCAGAAUAUUACCAGAGCUGGUGCUGGCUGUCUCUGAUUAGAGAUACAUAUAAAUGGUUAAAAAAUGUCAAUCUGUUGUGUUGUAUUGGCAUUGCAUAUCUGCUGCUGAAAUGUGACAGUUCAGUAUUUCAAAUGCUUGUCUUUUGAUUGCACUAAUGAUGUUAUUGUACAAGCAAAUCCAAAUAUUGUUGAUUCAUUAAACUUUUGUGUCUGGAGGCAUAGUU